AUGCAUUUUUCCAACGCUAACAACAACGAGAGCGCUCCCCGCCGCUCAGGCUCAGGCUCAGCAAGGAGUCCUGCCACUCGCGGUCUCUUCAUACCAGCAUAUCGAGAACCCGAGCAUUACGCACUACGGCAACGGCCAAGUAAUCCUCCCCUAACACUUCCCAGCAUCAGACAACGGUCGACUGGAGCCCCGCAAGUAAUUGUACGCUUUUACCACUGUGAGAACUUCAAUUUCGGCAACGCAACCCUCACCUCGCCUGAUGUACGCUCCCUCCUGAGCGAGGCAGUGGCUUUCCUAGGUGAGUGUCAGAUUAUGGAUACGCCUGAGACCUCGCUCCCUCCUCGGCUGAACCCGGCGUACCGAGGCCUUACUCUUCAGGGCUCUCACGGGGGAUAUCACCUCCAUUACCCUGAUCAUGCUGGGGCUCGACCCUAUCAUGGGGAUGUUGCUGAGGAUUGGAAUCGUGUUAUGAGUGAUCACGCGCGAGAUUUUCCUACUACUGCUUUACUUGUUGGUGUUGGCCUUGGACAGCCGGGUCGCAAAUGUUGCUUAAGACAGUAGGAUCUUUCAUCGUAUGCCGAGUAUCGUAGAUGUUCGUAGUUAUGAUGCAGAUGAUGAAUUUAAUGUAGAAAAAUAAUGAUAAGGCAAUGGCCUAUAUUCUAACUGUA